GGUAAAGGUCAGCCCGGAGAAACCACAAAGAUCGGAAAAAAUGUCCUUCCCGUUUCAUCACCACCAUCGCCGUGACGACGAAGAGGACGACGAACGUCGUUAUCCUCCGCCUGGAUACCGUCCUCCGUACUGCGAUCCACCGCCGCCAGUGGUUCCUUCUGUCUACCACACUCAUUACGACGGGGCGCCACCUCCGCCAAUGGUUUCCUCCGUCCACCACACUCACUACGACGAGGCACCGCCGCCGCCUCGGCCGUCUUACGCUGCUUUCAACUCCGAUUUCCCUCCGGAACCGCCCGUUCCUGACUACGGCUACUCUUCUGGACCGCCGCCGGCGGUCGUGCACCAUCACUCUCACCAUUCACACUUCCCCUCGGUUAUUCACCACCACUCUCAUAAUUCCAAUUCUUCCUUCUCCAACAAGCCGACCGUCAAGGUCUUCACCAAAGCAAACCCUAAUUUCUCCCUUGCCAUCCGCGACGACAAAGUUAUCCUCGUCCCUUCCGAUCCCGACGAUCCUGCUCAACACUGGUUCAAGGAUGAGAAGUACAGUACGAGGAUUAAGGAUGAGGCAGGGUACCCCUCCUUCGCUCUGGUCAACAAGGCCACCGGUCAGGCGAUGAAGCAUUCCAUCGGAGAUACUCAUCCGGUACAGCUGAUACAAUACAAUCCUGACGUGGUGGACGAGUCGGUACUGUGGACACAGAGCAAGGACUUUGGGGAAGGGUUCAGAUCCAUAAGGAUGGUGAAUAACAUUGGGUUGAAUGUUGAUGCUUUUCAUGGGGACAAAUAUUCUGGUGGAGUUCACGACGGCACCAAAAUUGUCCUUUGGAAAUGGAAGGAAGGAGAGAACCAACUAUGGAAGAUCGUACCCUACUGAGGGAUGUGACAGAUAAAAGGAGGGAGGGUAUGCUAUGCAGUGGAAUGGGUAAUGUGACCUUGAAAAUAAAGGUAUUCUCUUGGGUGUUGAGAAGCCAUAUUUUAUGAAUUUCAAGUGUGGAAUAUGAAUAUAAUUUGGGCUUUGGCUUUAGCAAUUAGUAUGGAUUUGGAUGCCAGUUUGGUUUUGGCCAUGUUCUUGUAAAACCCCACGUAUCUUCUUCUUAUGUUUCAUUUGAUGGAAAUGAUAUCAAUCUACGUCCAUGUCCUAUUUUUUCAUCUU